CUAAGUUGGAAUGUACCUGAAGUACAGAUAAAAAUCAGUUUGCAUCUACUGAAAAGGGAGGGAAACAUACAAAUUGUUUAUUACAAACAAAAAGAGCUAAAGUAACAGGCUCAGAGAAAUGAAGUUAAAAGGAUUAGAUGUAGUCCCUGAAUAGAAGUGAAAGUCCAACGUAGAUGCACUAAAAUGGCUUCAGAGCGGCCCUGCCCGGCAGAUGACUUCAGUAUCUACUAUGUCCUCGCAGAGUGCACAGAUCACUAUGACAGCUCUCCAGUCAAGGAGGUGGAGGAGAACCAGCCCCAUUCCCAGGGAGUGACAGGCCUGCGGAACUUGGGCAACACGUGUUACAUGAACGCCAUUCUCCAGUGUCUCUGCAGCAUUUCACCGCUGGUGGAAUACUUUCUCUCGGGAAAGUACAUUACUGCUCUUCAAAAGGAUUGCAGUGAGGUUGCCACUGCCUUUGCCUACGUGAUGACAGAUAUGUGGCUUGGAGACUCAGAAUGCGUCUCGCCAGAAAUAUUUCGGUCAGCUUUUGGCAACCUCUACCCAGCAUUCAUGAAAAAAACGCAACAAGAUGCCCAGGAAUUCUUGAUUUAUGUCCUGAAUGAGCUUCAUGAAUCUCUGAAAAAGUGCCAUCGAAAAUCAUAUGAAAAAGGAUCUAUUCCAAGGUGCUGCAGGAAGACAAUUGCCAAUGAGGUCUCCAUCAUCACCCAGCUGUUUGAAGGGCAGCUCAACUAUAGCAUCAUGUGUUUGAAGUGUGAGAACUGCACCUACAAGAAUGAAGUCUUCACCAUUCUUUGCCUCCCCAUUCCAUCUGAUUAUGAGUGCUCUCUUCAGGACUGUCUCCAGUGUUUUUUUCAACAAGAUACACUGACCUGGCAUAACCAAAUCCACUGUUCAUUCUGUGAAACCAAGCAAGAAACAGCAGUGAGGGCCAGUAUUUCCAAAGCACCAAAAGUAAUUAUCUUUCACUUAAAAAGAUUUGACAUUCUGGGUACAAUGAAAAGAAAACUAAGGACAGAUAUUCAUUAUCCACUCACAAACUUGGACCUUAGUCCUUAUAUUUGUCCAGUUUUUCGGAAACACCCUAAAUAUAACCUCUGUGCGGUUGUGAACCACUUUGGUGACCUGGAUGGUGGCCACUACACUGCUUUCUGCAAGAACUCAGUGACCCAGGCCUGGUAUAGCUUUGAUGACACACGAGUCAGUGAGAUUCCAGAUACUUCAGUGCAAACUGCUACGGCCUAUCUCCUGUUCUACAGUUGCCAGCCCUUUUCUAUACCUAUAAAAAAAUGCAAGAGCUAGGAAAAUGGUGCAAAACUGCAGAACUGAAAACUGCAAAACAAGCAAUCAGAAACUGGUACUUCAGGUUUGCUUUGUCAUUAAACUCUUGCAAUUUACUUACAUCCAA